CAACGAUUAGCAAUAGCCAUUUAUAAGCCAAUCAAUUACUAAAAUUAUGAUAAAACAAUACAGGACGAUACGCAAAAGACCCUUAAAUAAUAUAACUCUUAAAUGACCGCCUGCAAGAAGAUGUCGUGCAUUCGUAAACAGAACCUGAACAGCGAGGAUGGCAGCAACCACCAGAAGGCGUCAGCUCCUGUACCCUCGGCGUGCAGACUUACUGCCUCACCCGGACCUUCGGCUAAUGUGGCCCUAACCCAGAACACUCCACAAGCAUCGAAUACUUCAAGAAAUGUGUCACAAGAAAUUAAAUGUCGAGGAGACAAGAACACACCACCUAAAGAUACGUGUCAUGCAAUAAAACGACACCUGUCCGCCGCGUGGAGAGGCGCCAACAAUCUGUGGAAGACCAACGACCCAUACAACUGGCAACUGCUGAAGAGUGUUGCCAUGUUCACUCUGGGCUUCAAACUGUUCAGUGAUUUGCACAAACACAUGAAUAUGAACAAAACUGUUUGUUAUUAA